CGAUGUCUAAGUUGAUUGCCGUGACAGGAGCUACUGGGCAACAGGGCUCGUCAGUAGUCGAGUUUCUUCUGAAGGCACCGACCGACACUUUCAGUAUUCGUGCCAUCACUCGUAACCCUUCUUCGCCAGCUGCACAAGCGUUGGCUGCGAGAGGUAUCGAGGUCGUCCAGGCGGACCUAGCCUCCUUAGAACAAGCUACCAAAGCCUUCGAAGGAGCCUGGGGCGUCUUUGGCGUUACCCAAUUUUACGAGCACGGGUUCGAUGCCGAGCAGCUACAUGGAAAGCACAUCGUUGAAGCGGCCAAGGCUGCAAAUGUGAAGCACAUCGUCUGGUCCACAGUUGAAGGGCGCGAUGGCGAAUGCGGCGCAAUCAGCUGGAAAUCUAAGGCUCUCAUCGAAGACCGCGUUAUCGCAUCUGGCAUCCCCUACACGCUCGUCUAUAUCCCGAUGUACUACGAAAACUUCUGGACGAGCUUUUUCGCGCCGAGCUAUGACGAGCAAAAGGGUUUCAAUUGGAGCAUCGCCUUCCUCCCCGACGUCCCGAUCUUUGCGUUCAGCGUUGCAGACCUUGGAGGAUUGGUCGUUCCCGCUUUUAGCCAGCCGGAGCAAUAUAAUGGUGCAAAGAUCAAGACCGUUACCGAGUUUCUGACCCUGCGCGAAUUGGCAAGCCAGUUUAGCGAGGUUGUAGGUGAGAAAGCGAGCCUCGCUCUCGAAAUGACGCCUGAGCAAUUUGAGGCCUCUCGUUUCGUCGACCACCCCGCUGCGGAGUUGAUGUAUCUGAGCUGGGACUACGUCAGACGAGCAGGCCCCGAUAGUGGCGUUCGCGACCAGAACCAGACCUUCUCUAUUUACCCUCACGCAAAGACCUAUCGGCAGUGGGUAAAGGACAGUCAGCUGGUAAAGGAUCUCGUGGUGAAAUUGAAAUCAGAAGUCAAGACAACGAGUACUUAA